AUGGUAAGUCAGGCAAUAAACGGAGCUGAUCAACCACGAGCUCAAUGGUAUUGGAAAUCAAAUUCUGAUCCAUGGUCAACAAAUGGAAAUGAAGAAUGGACAAAAUAUUCUGAUAUCGAAUCAGCGAUUAUCGAAGAAGCAUUUAAUCAAAAGAAUAAAACAAAACUAGCUGAACUGGAUAAUUAUUCGAUUAACUUAAACGAUUCCAUUCAAAUCAGUAAAUCGGAUCCAAAUAAACAACGGCAAAUAAAACGGGUUCUAACUAGUAGAAAUGAAAGUCAAGGUUUAAGAGAAGAAAGAUUCUUUCUCACACCAGAAUUGAGUAAAACGUUCACUGAUGACUGGGGCAAAGAAGCUUAUAUUUUUCUUUCACAGUGGAAGAAAGACAAGGAACUUUCUGACCCUGAAAUAGUAGAGCAGGCAGCGAAUGGAAUAAUUAUCGAAGGAACGAAACUAGGUCAACAUUCUGACUCACAAUAUCUAGCACGCCAAAUAAUAGCCGUGAAAAACAAAAAAAGAGAAGAAAUUUACAAGUGUUGUAUUCAGCUAUACACAAUGGAAUGCUUUCUAUAUAAACUAAUAAAUAAAGCACUGAGAGAAACCGACACGAGCAAAAUAAACACUCUGGGACCAUUUUGUUACAUUCUAUUCAGAAGCUGGAUAACCACCGAUACGAAACACGCAGCGGAACUGUAUCGAGGUGUAAACAUCGAUCAGAACACGCUAAAAUCAUAUGCCGAAGCCACCGGCCAGAACAGAUGCUGGAGCGGCUUUACCUCAACUAGCAAAAAUCCUCAAAAAGCCCAAACCUUCGGCAAUACCCUAUUCAUAAUCGACGCGACCAAAAACAGCGGCUUAGACAUAUCGCACCUCUCCAAUUACGACGAAGAAGAAGUUUUACUACCACCACCAACAGCAUUUACAAUUAUGGAAGUCAAGGAAACCGCAACCAAAACCUAUGUUUAUUUAAAACUACUCGAUAACCAACAACCCACACCCACGCCAAAUUUCCUUUCCCACCUCGCCAAUACCCUCCAUCCGAUGAGCAUUGAUGUGACGAAACCGAAAUGUCAUCUGGUGCCACGCAGCAUCUAG